GUGUGGCAGCCAGAGGGAUAAGCUGCCACCAUGGGGGUUAAAACGAUGCUCCCACGCUACGAGCUGGGGUUUUAUGCCCUCGUGGUCACCUGUGCCGUGGUUUACAGUGGCAGCGGGAUCUUCGAAGCAUCCAGAGACAGCAUGAACAGAAAGGCCUUUCGGGAUGGAAUAAAGCCAGGCUGGCACUACUUCGGCAGGAAGAUGGACGUGGCUGAUUUCGAGUGGGUGAUGUGGUUCACCUCGUUCAGGAACAUCAUCAUCUUCGCGCUCUCGGGACACGUCCUCUUCGGCAAGAUCUGCUCCAUGACGGUGCCACAGCACCGGGCUGUGAUGUACAUGAUCUACGGGGCCCUGGCUGUGCUGGGCAGCAUGGGGCUGGUCUACCUGAUGAUCAUCCUCUCCCACUGCCUAGUCCUCUACUCCGUGGCACUGGCCAAGCAGAAGUGGCUCUGCUACGUGGCUGGGCUCUGCUGUCUCGCCUCCUUCAAGGUGGAGCCAUUUGGCUCGUGGCAGAGCGGGUUUGUAACGGGAGCUUUUGAUCUCCAAGAUGUCCUUUUCUACGGAGGGAGCACCUUCACCAUCAUGCGCUGCAUGAGCUUUGCCCUCGAGAGCUCUGAGAGGAAAGAGGGCAUCUACUCCAUCUUCGACCUCCUCAAGUACAACUUCUACCUCCCAUUCUUCUUCUUUGGGCCUGUCAUGACCUUUGACCGAUUCCAUGCCCAGGUGAGCACGCGGGAGCUGAGGCGCAGAGACGAUGAGAUGAAGAGCAUCCGAGUCAACGCCCUCCUGCACGUGGGGGCCAUCGUAGCCGUGGACAUCUUCUUCCACUUCUUCUACAUCCUCACCCUCCCUUCUGACCUGAAGUUCGUGACCCGCCUCUCGGACUGGUCCCUGGCUGGCCUGGCCUACUCCAAUUUGGUGUAUGACUGGGUGAAAGCUGCUGUCAUGUUUGGGGUCAUCAACACCAUCGCCAGACUGGACCAUCUGGACCCACCCCAGCCCCCAAAGUGCAUCACCAUGCUCUACAUCUUUGCAGAAACGCAUUUUGACAGAGGGAUUAAUGACUGGCUGUGCAAGUACGUGUAUGAUCACAUUGGAGAGAACCAUGACAGCAUCCCAAAGGAGCUCCUGGCCAGUGUCACCACCUUUGCUGUCACCACCCUGUGGUUGGGGCCCUGCGAGGUCGUUUACAUCUGGUCCAUCGUCAACUGCUUCGGCCUCAACUUCGAGCUCUGGGUGCAGAAGUUCUUCCAGCUGGGGCCCUUUGCCAAACUGGAGGCCAAGCUGUCAGGGGCCAUGUCCCGGCGCAUCCGGGCGGCUUUCGGGGCAGUGAAUUUUUGGGCCAUUGUCCUCUACAACAUCCCUGCCCUCAGCAGCCUGGACUUUGCACUGCUGGUGACCAAGAGACUCCUCGUGACAGGUUUCCCUGUCAGCACCUUGUCCAUCUGGUUCAUCACAUACUGUGGAGUGCAGCUGAUCAAAGAGCGCGAGCGCAUCCUGGCCAUCGAGGAGGAGGAGAAGAGUGACAAGGCAAAGGUGGAGUAGGGGAGGCAUCAGCAGGCUUAUCCCAAAGCCUUGUCUCCCUUCCUGCCACUGCUGCCAGGACAGCCCCUGGCUGGGGCUCUCCAGGCCCUCCUGACAAUCGGACUUGUAGCUCACCCUUGUAGAAGUCACCUGGAAGGCACCGGUCACCCCCUUGCUGCAGGAAGGAUUUUCUAUCAGGCACAGUGGGCGUUUCACAGGCUUCCCAGGCUGCCCAGGCAGCUCCAAGGACAUUUCUUCAAUGCCAGAUAGAGCCAUCCCAUGGUUUUUCUGACCCUCUGACAUUGUGCAGGCCUAGAGAUUUCACCCACAACUCUUGGUCCACCAGCACUCGGUGCUCCCACAUGUCCAUGUAGCUCAUGUCUCCCAGAGGAAACCCUCAAAGUCCCAUGGCUGGAGGUUUUAGGGUGGGCCAGGACACUGAGAAAAGGAUUAGCUGGUGCUGAGCCUGCUCUGUGCAGAACAUCUCCAUCCCGUGUUCCCUUCACCACAAGAAAUGAUCUGAUUUACUGUGCGGGGUUCAACUCCUGUGGUUGUGCAGUGAGGGCUGUGAAAGGGCUCAGCAGGCUCCACUCCUACCAAGAGGUAGUAAAUAAAUAGUAGAGGCUUUACAGCAAAGGGAAGGAGGACCAGGAAGGACACAUUGAAGGGUGACUCUGCCCACCACUGUCAACCGUGCACGGUGCUGGGUGUUACAAUCUCUACAACACAGGUCCCUUCACUGAUAAAUGUCUCAAAAAAAGUGAUUUAGUGCCAACACCAGGCACAGUUAAUGAGUGUGGGAGCCAAACUGCUUCACAGCCAUUGUGCAUCAUCUGCAGGUCACACUGGGAGCGAGGAUGCCAAAGAAACACAACACGUGGCCCACAACUGCUUGGUGCCCAGGGCUCAGCUCAAGCCCUAAGGGCUCUCCACUGCUGGCUCUGAGACUGAGUGGCCACCACAACCAUCCUACUGUGACACAUGUCCUGGGACUCAAGCCAAAUCGCCCUUCUAUAUUUUUUUUGUAUGCUAUGGACUAGGGUUUGAACUCACAUUCCUGCCCAUGGCUGAGGGACAGAAGAUGCUGUAGCCAACUCCUGCUCAUCUCCAGCCACCCACCCCUCUUCUCAGCUGCCUUUGGUGUGCACAGCCCCAGCCCAUGAGUGCAUGGCUGAGUGAGCACACAGGUGAAACACAGGAGGAGAAAGACCCUGGAUGAAGGGCAGUGACUUGGGGGUGGGGGGAAAGCCCAUGGAAGUCUCCUUGGAGAAGCAGACUUUGGGAUGCAGCACGGGAGUGUGUGAAACACGGUGCCUUGGGGAAAAGGUGGGUUAAUAACUUCAAAAUAGCUCUGGCUCUCUUGCACUUUAGAGUAACUUUCAGUGGCCUUACGUCUGAGAUGUGUCAGUGUUUGGUGAGGGCAGAAUCUGGACCCCUUUGCAAUGUGGGUAUUGGUGCUGGUGUGUUCUGGCUUCCCUGUGGAUGAAGCAGGAUCAGGUCCUAGCCAACUUUCAGCUCUGCCAAAGUAAUUUGUGAAGUCCCUGAUAAAUGUCACUUAUUUAUGUAGUAAAAUAAAUGUUGGACGACUCUGG